AUAUUAAGAACACUGUAACAUAUUUCCCAACAUAUCUGUAGAGGCGGUCAGUUGCAGCUGCUGAUGAUAUUGCAAACGAUGAGGAUGGAGUGCUGAAGUUUUAAAGAAUGCAAAAUUUCUUCUUCAGCAGUUGAUAUUUUAGUACCAGCAUAGAUUCGCAUUUUUUUUCCGCUUCCUCAUUCUUUUCCAUUAAGAUGGCGUUAAUUUUUUUCUUAGUUGGUUACUUUACCGUAUCAUCAGCUAUAUUUUUUCAACCAUUCUUUAAGAUACCAAACCAAAGACAAUCCUUAAUGAACGUAUGCAUAUAUUCUGUUGAUCCUGCACAGUACCAGCCAAAAUGCUUUCUAUGCCCCACUUCUACUUAUGGAAAUGUUCUUAGAACGUGUGUAAGCGCAGCUUCAAUUCCUUCCAAUGUGACCUACACACAGGCACGUUGUAUAGAGCAAAACUGUGCGAUUAACCGUGGGAAGCGAAGUAUUUCAUUAGAUGACGGUAAUAAUGGCAACUCAAUACCAAUUCCUCAAUUAAAUUCAUCAAGCCCAUUUGUGCAACUGUAUGAACUGAAGAACCCAUCUAUGAAUUUAACACACAAUUAUGAAAAGUAUCGUAAAUUAGGAGAGAAAUUUGAUAUCGCUGGAGAAGAAGAGACUUUAGCCAUGGAUAAUAUAGACUGGGAGGUAGAGGUGGAUGAAGAAUUUGCAGAUUGAUUUUACGGACACUGUUUUUUGCCCUUAGCGAAAUUAUUUUUAAGUAAAUGUAUCUGUAUAAUAUGAAUCAAAAAAUAAAUGUUUUAUUGUGA